CGAAAUCAAUCCAACGCUUUAUUUUAUUUUCUAUGACGCCAAAAACGGUGGAUGGCAGUAAAGAAAAAUGAACGGAGGAAUCCAAACCCUAACCCUAAGAAUUUUUAAUAAAGCCCUGUAAUCCGCAUGCCGUUUGCUUUGUGCAGCGUACCUUAAGUUGUAAACCCCACUCGGUUCAUUAUGUAAAUGUCCCCAAAUGCAGAAAAAGAAACAUGCAUUUGGUGAAUUAUUUUUACAGUAUGAGUGAUGAAUUUAUUUGGAAGCCAUUGUUUCUUAGAAUGGUCGGAAUUGGAAAGAGAACAUACUGGUUGACAAAUGCCCUGCUAUACUGGAAGGUGGUUUUGCUGUUUUUGGAGGCAUUUGAUGCGGCCUAUGGAUAUAGUAACCAUAAUCCUACUACUGAGGAAGUACCUUCUUCUAUUAACAUUUGAAGAGGAAAAUGUCCCAAAAUGCAGCAAGCAGUUCCUUUAGGUACAGAUGAUGAAACUCUUGUAUCUGGCCAAGAAGAAAGUUGCACAAUUGCAACAAUCUGUUUCAACAUUAGAUGGACUGGAUUUACAAUGCUUAUGCUUAUAUGGAUUUUAUUUACAGCUCUACAAAUUAUCAAGAACAAUACUGUUGUUUGUGGUUUGGAGUACUGGAUAUUAAGUGUUUUGCAGGUGUUGGUGAUGGACAGGCUGAAUAUUAUCAGCAGCAAGUGAUACCUGAGGGUUUUACACAAAUGGAUGUUGUUUCGUAGCGUGGAUAUCUGCUUCGCAUAUCUGAGGUUUGGUUUUAUUCUUUUGUUGUUAUGCGCAUUCAUCAAAGCAACCAGUGCAUCGGUGAGCCUUAUUUUACCAAAGGAGUAUUAGAUUAUACAACUGAUACUCUUUGCUCAAUUUCUUUUAGGAAGAUCGUAAGAGGUUGCAAUAAGCGGGAGGACUGCAAUUUGCUUGUCUAACUCAGCACAUAUUGUACUUUUUACUCUAUAAAUAUAUGCAACAAUAAAGAGUUACCAGUGAAACAAAAAUUUAAAUAAUUAUGACUGUCUUUAUUUGUUGUUUUUCAAUAGCAAAUACCGUUGUUGUUGUUGUUGUCUAAUGAAGAUGUACUUUUGAAUGGUGAUGAUCAUAAUUCUUUUUUCUUUUGUCCAUGA